UCUCUCUCUCUCUCUCUCUCUCCUCAAACCCCACACCAUCCUCGUCUCCCUCCUCUCCGAUCUCAAAUCCCUCCCCCCCACCGCCGCCGCCGCCGCCGCUGCCAUGGAGAGCGGCGGCUACCUCCCGAUCCACCGCGAGACGCUCGCGAGCGCCAUGAAGCACGAGCGCCGGUGGAAGCCGCACCACUCCAAACCCUCAUCGUCAUCAUCCUCUUCUUCGUCGUCGUCCUCCUCCUCCUCCUCCUCCUCCUCCUCCAAAGCACACCUCAUCAUGGGCUUCUUGUCGUGCCUCGCAUGGCUCUACGUCGCAGGCAGGUUGUGGCAGGAUUCGCAGAAUCGGAUCGUCCUGUCCACUCUUCUUCAGAUGAACUCGGGCAAUCUUCCGAAGGUGCUUACGGUGGAGGAUAAGUUGAAGAGCCUUGGAUGCAAAGAGAUUGGGAGGAAGAUAGUUGAGGCGGAGAUGGACUUGACUCUUGCAAAGAGUCAGGGAUACUUGUGGAGGAAUGGGUCUACUACAUCGGCGAAGAAACUUCUUGCAGUGAUUGGAGUGUAUACCGGAUUCGGGAGUCGUCUCAGGAGAAACAUAUUUAGGGGAUCAUGGAUGCCGAGAGGUGAUGCCCUAAGGAAGCUCGAGGAAAAGGGUGUCGUCAUCCGUUUUGUAAUUGGUCGGAGCGCUAAUCGAGGUGAUAGCUUAGAUCGUAAUAUUGAUGAUGAAAACCGGCGGACGAAAGAUUUCUUGAUCCUUGAAAGUCAUGAGGAAGCUGAAGAUGAGUUGCCCAGGAAAGCUAAAUCCUUCUUCAGUGCUGCAGUUGAAGCAUGGGAUGCAGAGUUUUAUGUUAAAGUUGAUGAUAAUAUCAACCUUGACCUAGAUGGGUUAAUUGAGAUUCUUGAAAGUCGUCGUGGUCAUCAAGGUGUCUACAUGGGCUGCAUGAAGUCAGGAGUUGUCGUAAGUGAAGAGGGAAAACAGUGGUAUGAACCUGAAUGGUGGAAAUUUGGAGAUUCAAAAUCGUAUUUCCGGCAUGCUUCUGGUUCUUUAUUUAUACUGUCAAAUAACUUGGCUCGCUACAUCAACAUCAACAGUGCAUCUCUAAAAACCUAUUCUCAUGACGAUAUAUCCGUUGGUUCGUGGAUGAUGGGAGUCGAUACUACUUAUGUAGAUGAUGAUCGGCUUUGUUGCGGCAGUUCUAGACAAGAGAAAGUCUGUUCCAUUGCAUGAGGAGCAAAUAGAGAUCCUCUGCUUUGGUUCGAUGCCGCACAUGAAACUAAAACCCGGAGACCAACCGCUUUUAACAGAUUCAUUGACCGCCGGAUUAGUUUACUUUGCUGUACAGAGAGGAUUUGUCGCGCUCGGCUGAUCGAGUGAUUUGAGUGGUUUUGUUUCUGCUACCAUGUUCAGAGAUGAAGCAUUACACAGUCCUUACAGUGUGGAGAGACUCAGCAGUAGAGCUAACUUUCUAUUUCCGAAAUCUAUCAUCUGUUGAGGUAUUGAGUUAUGGUUGGAACCAUUGAACUGUUCCACUACCUGUGCCAAAUUCUUCUUUGAAGUGAGAAUUAUUUUUUCAUUAGUUGUUUGAGGUGACUAAAUUUAGAUGUAUUCAGUUUUCCGGUGCAUUCUUCGAUGGAAA